AAUAACGUAUAAAAAUAAAAUCAGUGAUCGAUCAAAAAUUGUAAAUAGAAAAAGCAACAAUGAUAAUGAGACAAGCAUCAACAAUGGUGAAAAAUCGUUUUACACAUCUAAUAACGAUUCCAUUUGUGAAUGAUGAUUUUAUUCAAGCAUAUCUGGAUUUUAAACAUAGAAUAUUGGAAGAUAAUCCUGAUAUUGAUGAAAUAUUGUUUCAAAAUCCAAAAAAAUUACACAUGACAAUUUCUUGUCUAUCAUUGGAUGAUCAACAACGAUUAACGAUGGCACGUGAAUUGUUUACAAAACAAUGUUCAGAUUAUGUGGAAAAAUUUCCCGAAAUUCUGGACAAUAAAAUACAAAUUAAAGGUGUUGAUAUCAUGAAUGAAAACCCUAGAAAAACGAAUGUAUUGUAUGCAAAAAUUGAAAAUGAAAAUUUACAAAAUUUUGCCAACAACAUAGCUGAUGUUAUGGUUUCGAAUGGAUUCCUGUAUACUGGUGACAGACAUGCAAAUCUCAGUGGACGACAAAAUGUUAAAUUACAUUUAACAUUGAUGAAUUCAUCAUUUUUAUUUCGUCGUAAAGAUUUUUCACUAAAAAAACGAAAACCAAUGAAACAAAGAUAUUUUGAUUCGACUGAAAUAUUGAAUAAUUAUCGUGAUCAUUUUUUCAUGGAAAUCCCAAUGCCACCGGUUCAAUUGAAUGAAUUACAUCGAAUCAAUGAAUUUGGUUAUUACAAUGUUGUUGAAUCUAUACAUUUGUUGAAACAAUAAAAAAAACGAACAAAAAAAAUUUGAUAAAAUUCGAAAAAAUCUCUUCUAUUAAUUCCGAGAAAUAGCCAAAGAUGUCGCUAUUCGUUGAUUUUUUUUCCAUCAGGAAAUGUGUGUUUUGACUCGUGGCUUAUCAAAAA